UACGCAUUGCGCACACGCUAGGGCGAUUUUGUCGGGGUCAGAUUACUGCGUUUACAGUGCCGCUCGAAACAGACUCCGAUGACGACAGUCACUUUCCUCUAUAUUUCCUCCUAAUUUCCCCGUCAUUUCCUUUCCCUUUUCAAAAAUCUCCCCGCGCCACAGCAAGAGGGAAGGAAGAGCAGAGGGAAUCCCAUCUAUCUUCUUCUUCCUCUUCUUCUUUUCCCUUUCCCUUUCCGGUUCAGAACCCUAGCUAUUUAGUUUCCCCGAGAAGAGGAAGAGGAAAGAAGAGAAGAAAUGCCGAGGGAGAUCAUCACGCUCCAAGUCGGACAAUGCGGGAACCAGAUCGGCAUGGAGUUCUGGAAGCAGCUCUGCCUCGAGCACGGGAUUAGUAAGGAGGGCAUUCUCGAAGAUUUCGCUACUCAGGGAGGUGACAGGAAAGAUGUUUUUUUCUACCAAGCUGAUGAUCAGCACUACGUCCCACGGGCUUUGCUGAUUGACCUGGAGCCCAGGGUAAUUAACGGCAUCCAAAAUGGUGAAUAUAGAAAUCUUUACAAUCACGAGAAUGUCUUUGUUUCAGAUCAUGGAGGAGGUGCGGGAAAUAAUUGGGCCAGUGGUUAUCACCAGGGGAAGGGUGUUGAAGAGGAUAUAAUGGACAUGAUUGAUAGAGAAGCGGAUGGUAGUGAUAGUCUUGAGGGUUUUGUUUUAUGCCACUCUAUUGCUGGAGGAACAGGAUCAGGUAUGGGUUCAUAUCUGUUGGAGACCCUUAAUGAUCGCUACAGCAAAAAACUGGUUCAGACAUAUAGUGUAUUUCCUAACCAGAUGGAGACAAGUGAUGUGGUGGUCCAGCCCUACAACUCGCUUUUGACGCUCAAGCGACUAACAUUAAAUGCUGAUUGUGUUGUUGUCCUUGAUAACACUGCAUUGAAUAGAAUUUGUGUGGAACGCCUUCAUCUAUCAAACCCCACCUUUGCAGAAACAAAUUCUUUGGUUUCCACUGUGAUGUCUGCCAGCACAACCACUCUGCGAUAUCCAGGCUACAUGAACAAUGACUUGGUUGGCCUUCUUGCCUCCUUAAUUCCAACCCCAAGAUGCCAUUUUCUGAUGACAGGAUAUACACCACUCACUGUGGAGCGCCAAGCUAGUGUGAUUCGUAAAACCACUGUACUUGAUGUUAUGAGAAGACUUCUUCAGACUAAGAAUAUUAUGGUUUCCUCAUAUGCUCGGACAAAAGAGGCCAGUCAAGCCAAGUAUAUAUCAAUAUUGAAUAUCAUACAAGGGGAAGUGGACCCUACUCAGGUUCAUGAGAGUUUGCAGAGGAUACGUGAAAGAAAGCUUGUUAACUUUAUUGAGUGGGGCCCUGCAAGCAUUCAGGUUGCUCUGUCCAGAAAGUCUCCAUAUGUUCAAACUGCUCAUAGGGUCAGCGGACUUAUGCUAGCUAGCCAUACUAGUAUCCGGCACCUUUUCAGCAAGUGCUUGAGUCAGUAUGAGAAGUUGAGAAAGAAGCAAGCAUUUCUUGACAACUACCGGAAAUUCCCAAUGUUCGCUGACAAUGACCUUUCAGAAUUUGACGAAUCGAGAGACAUAAUCGAGAGUUUAGUUGACGAAUACAAGGCCUGUGAGUCCCCAGAUUACAUCAAAUGGGGAAUGGAGGACCCAGACCACGUCCUAACAGGAGAAGGCAAUGCCACUGGAACCGUGGAUCCAAAGUAAGCUGUUUGAACACAUCAAUCGGAAGGUGAUUUGGCCUUUACUUCUACUUAAUGCAGGUUAUAGUGCUGUGUGCCAAAAGAACGUGAAGAAUGACUUUCUUAAGUUGAAUUCUUGUACAUGAAAGUUCUUCCUGCUUUGUGUGCCAUUUGGUUGUUUGUAAGGCUUUGAUUUUUUAAGUUUGCAGACUAAUUAUGUUGGUCGAAUCUCGAUGACCUUGAAAUCUUAGGAAAUCCAGGUGAUGCACUUGAUGCCAAAUUACCGGAUUUCUGUCCUCGAAGUCUUCUUCUAGGCGUUAGGUAGAUGAUGCUUUAUUUUCAUUGGGUAGAAAGAAUAUAGAAAGAGUAUUGUAACGCGACCGGCCCAUGUGGCGGCAAAAACGCAAUACUUGUUUCUUCA